GUAUUAUCGUGACGUCACUGCUCCCGAGGCCUGUGUUGUGUUGCUGUGUGUGGAGACUCGUGUAGUUAAUGCUUUAUCAGCAGAGAUGGUGCAGCUCCAUGUUAAACGCGGAGAUGAGAGUCAGUUUGUGUUUAACAGCACAGUGGACGUUUCCAUCGAGACGCUCAUCCAGCAGGUCACUCAGACCUACAACGGAAGACUGAAGGUGGACAGAAUCUGCUCCGAAAUUCCUGAACUGGCGGAUCAUGGUGUCGCGCUUCCCCCAAACAUGCAAGGCCUUGCAGACGAUCAGAUCACAGAUCUGAACCUAAAGGACGAAUGGGAGGACCGGUGCAUCCCCAGCGGAGGAGCGGAGUUCAAGAAGGAUGAGCUGGGGCGCAGGAAUGGACACGCCCCCAGUGAAAAAAUGAAGACGGUUUUGAAGAAGACUGUGGAAGAAGCCAAAGCUUUGAUUUCAAAAAAACAAGUGCAGGCGAACGUUUGCGUUAACGUGGACAUGGUCAAAGAGGCUCUGGAUCAGCUGCGAGGAGCAGUAAUGAUCGUUUACCCCAUGGGCCUGCCGCCACAUGAUCCAAUCAGAAUGGAGUUUGAGGAUCAGGAGGACCUUGCUGGAACACAGGCGUCUUUGCAAGUGAUCCCAGAGGAGGAGGCUCAGCUCUGGUGGGCAUCUAAAGAGCUUCAGCGGGGCAAAAAACUACAGGAUUACGUCGGCAAAAACGAGAAAACGAAGCUCGUGGUGAAGAUCCAGCGGGGAGGCCAGGGAGCACCGGCACGGGAACCACUGGUCAGCGAGGAGCAACAAAAACAGAUGAUGAUGCACUAUUACAAAAGACAAGAAGAACUCAAAAAGCUGGAUGAAGCAGACGACGAUUCCUAUUUGCAGUCCGAUUGGUCGGACAGACAGGCUUUAAAAAAACAAUUUCAAGGACUCACGAAUAUCAGAUGGGGUCCGAGAUAACCGGAGAGGAGCGUCUGACCGCUGAUCGUUCAUGUCUUACACAGAUACACUGUAUGGCCACGAGUAUCUAGACACCUUCGACUCUCAUCUGCGAGCAGCUACGACAGCCCUCACUUUUCUUAAAAGGGGUCUUGGAGUGUGUCUGUGGGUAUCUGUGCUCAUUUAGUCAUUUGUCACUAUUGGCACCCAAUUUUUGCUGCAAAAUUAAAAGCAUAUAAUUGAUUUUGAUUGCUGAACUUAAUAAUUAGCAGUGGUGUCCUUAUACUUUUGGCCAUAUAGUGUAUUUACUUGCACAAAACUCUUACAGGCCCAGAUAUGAUUAGAUAGUUUAUAUGAGCUUGUGAGGGGAAUACACGUCUGGACACGCCUUGUUUCGUCCUGAUCGAGUCGCACCGGGCAUUAUUAAUGAUUUACACCUCUGGGUAAUAUACAUUUGCUCAUUUAUAGUCUUAGAUUUUAAUGUUUUUGGAUAUUUGUGUGUGUGUGUGAUUGAAGUACAUUAAACCCCUACAGACGUGACACUGACCAGACGCAGGGUCAGACCCCUGGACAUCAGGCGUGUGAGGCCGUACGCCACCCACACUGCCCGUCACCACACUUCGACUGUAUCUGCUCAGCUGUAAACAGUACAGACGGGAUACGGCUGCUGCUUCUCACAUUUUAUGUAAAGCGAGUUCGGUCUUGCUCUGCCGUGCAGCGUAGUUUCAUUCUCAACACAUUUAACGUCUGUUCAUCAAACACCGGGUACCUGGUACUAACCGGGCAUCAAACACUCACACCGCGGGUCGAGCAUCAGUGUGACAUGAAUCUAAAUGUGAAUAAACGUUCCUAUAACGCU